AGGUGGACUAUGAGAAUAAAGUCAAGAAAGACUUAAAUGGACUUCUGAAGGAAGAAAAAUGGAAACAGAGACCAUUUUAAGUCUCAGACACCAACUCAAGGAAGCAGAGAAUGAGCGGCGAAAGGCAGCACAAUAUGGCUUGCAUUUAUUGGAGUCCCAAAGUGAAGUUCAAAAUCAGUUGGAUCAAACACGCCGUGAAUUGACUGAGAAAACUGAGAAAUUUGAGCAAGAGAAAUACUCUCUUCAGAGAGAAAUUGAACUCAAGAAUCGAAUGUUGGAAAGCUUGAGUUUUGAAUGCGAUUCCCUUAAGCAACAGCAAAACAUGCAACUGGAUAAACAGAAAGAACAGCUUGCCAGAGCCUAUGGACAAGAAAUUGGUGACCUUAAAAACAAGUUGGAGAACCUGAAAGCAGAACUAGACGAAACACGGCUAUCAGAGAAACAAUUGAGACACAAAGUGGAUCAUCAGAAGGAAAUAAUUGCUGCCAAAUCAGAAGAACUACAUAUGAUGUCUGAACGUGUACAUGAGACCAUGUCUUCAGAAAUGCUCAAUCUUCAGAUAGAACUCACUGAACUAGAAAAUGUGAAGGCCAAUGUUGAAGAAAAGCUGAAUGAACUGCAGUACAGUAAAGAACAAUUAGAACUCAUAAACAGUAACUUACGUAAUCAGCUGGAGCGUCUACAGGGAGAAAAAGAAGAGAGGGAAAAAGAAGUUGUUUCUUACUGUAAUGCAUUAGAGAAAGCUCGUGAAGCUAAUCAAGAGCUUCAGGUUCAGCUGGAUCAUGCAGUGCAACAAUCUUUGGACCCUUCGAGUAAAGGCAAUUCUCUCUUUGCUGAGGUGGAGGACCGUAGGGCAGAAAUGGAACGACAGCUGAUCAGUGUGAAAAUAAAAUAUCAGUCACUACAAAAACAGCAUGCAUUCACUAGAGAACAAUUGCAAAGAAUGAAGCUGCAAAUGGCUACACUGCUACAGAUGAAAGGCUCUCAGGCAGAAUUUGAGCAGCUGGAACGCUUACAGUCAAUGUUAGAACAAAAAAAUGGUGAGAUAGAAGAUCUUCUUAUGAAAGUGAGGCAGCUAGAAAAAUUUAAGACUUUAUAUGAGAAUAUGGAAGAAUCCAGAGCUAGUAGUAGCUCAAAAGGAGGAGAGUCUGAAGAUGGUUACUAUGCAGAUUUACUGCGAAUGAAGCUUGACAACUCCAACAAGGAAACUGAAACCCUGAAAAAUGAACUAUCCUUGCAGAGGAUGAAAGCUCUGUAUGAGAGCCAAAGGGUUCUGGAAGUUGAAAGGAAACUCUACACAAAUGAGAGGCAUUUGCAAGCUUGUCAGAGUGAGAAUAUGAACUUGCGAGUUAUGCUGGAUGAGCUAAAAAUGAAAUACGAACCUGAAGAACUGCUUAAGGGCACUAGAAUUAAAAAGAAGAGGGAGAAGAUUCCAGUGGACACUACUUGUGAAUACUUGGACAGCAAAAUUACUUCUGCAAAAGAAGCUGUUCUCAUUCAGUUGCCAAGUAAGGGAGAAACGAAGAUGAAUUCCAGGAACUUGGAGGAAAGUGAUGCUUCUCCAAAAAAACAAGCUCUUGAAGCACCACCAAUAAAUAUAGCUCUUGAAGCAAUGCAAAAAGUAGUUGAACCUGAAAGAGAAAGAAAGAGAGUUAAAACUAAAGAUGAGAAUCGUGAUGCCUUUACUUCAUCUAGCAGAAGUGGAAGUAAUUCCUUGACUUCAGCUGCCCCCAGGUUAACAGCUGAAUCCAGAUUUGAAACUACGGAAAAAGAAGAAAAGAAAGAAAACAAAAUCACGGUUGAAAGGAAAACACAAAAGAAGAAAUAUACAACGUUGUAUGUAUCUUCUAAGCCAACUUCUGAAACACAAUGUGCUCAGCAAUAA